GAUUUGUAUAUUGUAGUUGUUGCGAAACGAGUUAGACUUAUUCACUUAUUUUUAACGAAAUUGUAUUAAAUUAUUUUAUCAACAAGACACAGCCGGCUAGACAACCAACUUUCCAAGUCUCAAACAAUUUGCAUGGGUGCUGCGUAAAAAGCGAACGAUCCUAGCGCGUAUUUCACAAGAUAAAUGUAUCUUUCGUGCAGAAAAUCGAUUUUUGCCCUUUCAGCGGUUUUGAAUCGACGGUCCAGUGGCGUAAGGACCACAAUAACAAUAGCCCAUCGAUCGAUUGGAACGGUCAGCAAACCCAAGAUGGCAGUAGCAGCUGAGGCCACAUCGCAAAAAUCGGUGACCGCCAAGCCCGAUUUCAUGGAGCCAUUACUGAGGCUAAAUAACAUUGAAAAGUCACAACAGGAUACCCGGGAUUACAGGGGCUUGCAGCUGGGAAACGGCCUAAAGGUUCUGUUGAUCAGCGACCCCAAGACAGAUGUUUCGGCGGCAGCUCUGUCCGUCCAAGUGGGUCACAUGUCUGACCCCACGAAUCUGCCUGGCUUGGCCCACUUCUGCGAGCACAUGCUCUUUCUGGGCACGGAGAAGUACCCCCACGAAAAUGGAUACACCACCUACCUAUCACAGAGCGGAGGUAGCAGUAAUGCCGCCACUUAUCCCCUCAUGACGAAGUACCACUUCCACGUGGCACCGGAUAAGCUUGACGGAGCUCUAGAUCGCUUUGCUCAAUUCUUUAUAGCGCCUUUAUUCACCCCCAGCGCUACAGAGAGGGAAAUUAAUGCUGUCAACUCCGAGCAUGAAAAGAACCUGCCGAGUGACCUGUGGCGCAUCAAGCAGGUUAGCCGGCACCUGGCUAAACCAGAUCACGCCUACAGCAAAUUCGGCAGUGGGAACAAGUCCACAUUGUCGGAAAUUCCCAAAUCAAAGGACAUCGAUGUGCGCGAUGAGCUGCUCAAGUUCCACAAGCAAUGGUAUUCCGCAAACAUUAUGUGCCUGGCUGUGAUUGGAAAAGAAUCCCUCGAUGAGUUGGAGACAAUGGUGAUGGAAAAGUUCUCUGAAAUCGAGAACAAAAACGUAGACGUUCCGGAUUGGCCACGUCAUCCUUAUGCUGAAGACCGCUAUGGACAAAAGGUGAAAAUUGUGCCUAUUAAAGACAUCCGCUCGCUGACCAUCAGUUUCACGACCGACGAUCUAACUGAGUUCUACAAGUCCAGCCCCGAUAGCUACUUAACGCAUCUUAUUGGCCACGAGGGCAAGGGAAGCAUUCUAUCAGAGCUCCGAAGGCUUGGUUGGUGCAAUGAUUUAAUGGCUGGUCAUCAGAACACACAAAAUGGAUUUGGCUUCUUUGAUAUUGUGGUUGAUCUCACACAGGAGGGUCUGGAGCAUGUUGAUGAUAUUGUAAAGAUCAUUUUUCAAUAUUUGAAUAUGAUACGCAAGGAGGGUCCUAAGAAGUGGAUUUUUGAUGAGUGCGUGAAGCUAAACGAAAUGAGAUUCCGCUUCAAAGAGAAGGAGCAGCCAGAGAACUUGGUGACGCACGCGGUGUCCUCCAUGCAAAUAUUCCCCCUUGAGGAAGUUCUUAUUGCUCCAUAUUUGAGCAACGAAUGGCGCCCUGAUUUAAUCACCAGCUUGCUGGACGAGCUUGUGCCUUCAAAGAGUCGUAUCACAAUCGUUAGCCAGAGUUUUGAGCCGGAUUGCGACCAAGCGGAGCCUUACUACAAAACAAAGUACGGACUAGAACGCGUCCCAAAGGAGACCGUGAAGGCUUGGGAGAAGUGCGAACUCAACGAAAAUUUGAAACUGGCUCUGCCCAACAGCUUCAUACCAACGAACUUUGACAUUGCCGAAGUUCCCGCUGAUGCACCCAAACACCCCACAAUCAUACUAGACACUCCCAUUCUGCGAGUGUGGCACAAGCAGGACAACCAGUUCAACAAGCCCAAGGCGUGCAUGACGUUCGAUAUGUCCAAUCCGAUCGCCUACUUGGAUCCGUUGAACUGUAAUUUGAACCACAUGAUGGUGAUGCUGCUGAAGGAUCAGCUGAACGAGUACUUGUACGACGCGGAGUUGGCCAGUUUAAAGCUAAAUGUGGCUGGAAAAACGUGUGGUAUCGAUUUCACCAUUCGUGGCUUCAGCGAUAAGCAGGUGGUGCUGCUGGAAAAGCUAUUGGAUCAUCUGUUUGACUUUUCUAUUGACGAGAAACGUUUCGACAUCCUCAAGGAGGAAUACGUACGUUCACUGAAAAACUUUAAAGCUGAGCAACCCUAUCAGCAUUCCAUCUACUAUUUAGCUUUGCUGUUAACUGAAAAUGCCUGGGCGAAUAUCGAGCUCUUGGACGCUAUGGAACUUGUUACCUAUGACCGGGUGUUGAACUUUGCGAAAGAAUUCUUCCAACGACUGCACACGGAAUGCUUUAUUUUCGGAAAUGUGACAAAGCAACAGGCUUCGGAUAUUGCAGGAAGAGUAAAUACUCGUCUAGAGGCUACCAAUGCCCUGAAGCUUCCGAUUCUGGCACGUCAGAUGCUUAAAAAGCGGGAGUACAAGCUGUUGGCGGGCGAUAGCUACUUGUUUGAAAAGGAGAACGAGUUCCACAAGAGUUCCUGCACUCAGCUAUAUCUGCAAUGCGGCGCACAAACGGAUCACACAAAUAUUAUGGUUAACCUGGUGUCGCAGGUCCUUUCCGAGCCGUGCUACGAUUGCCUGCGCACCAAGGAGCAGCUGGGUUACAUCGUAUUUAGUGGAGUGCGAAAAGUAAACGGAGCCAAUGGAAUCCGCAUCAUUGUUCAGUCGGCGAAACAUCCAUCCUAUGUGGAGGACCGCAUUGAGAACUUCCUACAAACCUAUCUGCAAGUCAUUGAGGACAUGCCACAGGAUGAGUUCGAGCGCCACAAGGAGGCGUUGGCCGUUAAGAAACUGGAAAAACCGAAAACUAUAUUCCAACAAUUUAGCCAGUUUUAUGGUGAAAUCUCCAUGCAGACCUAUCACUUUGAACGGGAAGAGGCUGAGGUGGCUAUUCUUCGUCAGAUAACCAAGGCCGACUUUGUGGAUUACUUCAAGAGAUUCAUUGCUAAGGAUGGCGACCAGCGUCGCAUUCUGUCGGUGCACAUUAUUUCCCGUGCACAAGGCGACGAGAAUGCCACGGAGGAGACGGAGCCACUGGAAAUCACGAACAUGUCACGGCACAAGACGAUCAACGACAUUGUGAGCUUUAAGUCCUGCAAGGAAUUGUUCCCCAUCGCACUGCCAUUCCUAGACAUCAAGGCCAAGGGAGGACGCAGCAAGCUGUGAGAUGUUUUCACCGGAGGAGUUUGCGAGUUUUUCAAUAGCACAUGGUUAUGGUCUCUCUUUGUUUUAAUUGCCCAACCGGAUACAAAAGUUGUUCUGUCAUUCACAAAUA